AUGCCCCUGCAAGACUUCCAUUGUGUGGACAUUGGCGACGAGCCGCUAACAUCGUCGCAGGCUCGAGCGAAAAAUUUGGUGGACAAUCAACAUAAGGUGAAUUUCAUCAUCGGCGAGGAAGAUCAUAAUGGGAGCGCAGAGAAAAUUGGGGAUCGAACAAAAGACAGACCCGUGACAAAAGACGAACCGUACACCCGGCUGGCUCUGGAUCAUAGCGACAUUCUGACUCAUCGUUUCGGAGUUGCCCCGCAGAGCUUGAGGCGACACCUGAGUCAUCGAUCAGCUCACAAGAAAAUAGAAGAGAUCAACGGCUUCAGUGGGAAACCAGGAAAAGACUCCGAACAAAAGAAGGCAGUAGCUAAGAAGAUCCUCGACCAUCGACCUCACGAGGUAUUCGUUGAGCUUGAAGAGCUUGUAUCCAACCAGUGGAAAGAAACUGCGCGUUGGAUUAAAUACGAAGAAAACGUUGAGCACGACCUUGACAGGUGGAGUGCACCUCAUAUUGCACCGCUUUCAUUCAACGAUAUGGGAAUACUGAAAAAAUGUCUUGAGGAAGCGGUCGUAUUGCUCGAUAUCGAAGAUCACGAUCUGACGAGUAUCUUCAAUCACAUUGCGGAUGCAGCAGUCCAAGCAGGUCAGAUAAAUUCCGAUCAACGCGCUCUAGUUCUCAGGGCCCUCCUGCAAAGCCAUCAUCACGUCGGGGAGGAAACGUCGGGUCCCUUGAAAUUUCUGCGACGAAGCUCCAUUCUCGGAAGCGGUACUUUCCGUCACAACACAUCGGCGACAUCUCUAGACGCGGCAGCCUCGUUCCGGGAACAGCAGAAAAAUCUCUCCAUGCCGUUGAUGAACCAUCACUUGAAUAAUUCUCAAGAAAUCAGAGUCAGCAGCAUCUCGAAUAUAGACGCUGAAGCCGGUCGCCAUCAGGCUAUUCUGAAACGGAUUCCUGAAGAUUCGGAAGCGACUUGCGUCAUGGUCGCUGGUCUCAAAUCUCUCGUGAAGACCGCUGCAGCCUUCGUACGACUUGCAGACAGUCAAUACCUCCCGAAUGUCAUCGAAAUUCCUCUUCCCGUACGGUUCAUCUUCGUUUGCAUCGGACCUGAAGAGGGUGAGGUAGAUUAUCACGAGAUCGGACGGUGCAUGUCUACAUUGAUGGCCAACAAGUCGUUCCACGAUGCGGCGUAUGCAGCCAACGGCCGAUUGGAUCUCAUCAACGCUUUCAAUCAGUUUCUCGGGGAAUCGAUAGUGCUCCCUCCUGGCGACUAUGAUAACCGGGAGCUCCUACCGGUCGACGAGUUGAAGAAGAAGUCUGAGCUCAUUCGCAAGAAACAAGAGAAGCUGCGAAAGUCCUCGAAGAAGCUACAGGAGGCAUCUGGCCGUACCGAAAAAUUUGCGGCUCCAAACCCUAGAAUUUUCUGCGAAUGAUCAGCAGGUGACGGGAAGAAAAAUGAUGAUCACGAUUUCUCGCCUCUGCGGAGAACAGGCCGGAUAUUUGGUGGCCUCAUCAAUGAAGCUCGGAAAAGGUAUCCCCAGUAUGUGUCGGAUAUCAGAGACGGAUUCAACGGACAGUGCCUAGCCACGGCGAUAUUUAUUUUCUUCGCAGCAUUAUCGGGCUCGAUAACUUUCGGGGGCUUGAUAGGCGAGAAGACCAACAACCUUAUAGGAGUUUCUGAAACAUUAUUUGUGACUUUCGCGGGCGGAAUUUUCUUCGGAUUGCUAUCCGGACAGCCUCUCAUCAUCAUCGGGCUCACCGGACCAGUAUUGCUCUUCGACGAAUUACUCUAUGAUCUUUGUCAAGAACAAGCGAUCGACUUCUUAGGGAUUCGUGUGUGGAUAGCCACAUGGACUGUCGUGAUUGCGCUGAUAUUUUGUGCCUUUGAGAUGCCUACUUUCGUUUGCUUCUUCACAAGGUUCACACAGGAAAUAUUCGCAGCUCUGAUUUCUCUCCUGUAUCUCUAUGAAUCCAUGGGAAAACUCGUGAAUAUAUUCGUGACGAAUCCCCUCCUGUCGUUGGGCGACUACGAAAAUCGAAUCAUUGGUGUAUCGAAUGUCGUUGACAUGGCCAAUGAAUCUUCCGGGGGUUUGCCGUCCAACACAUCAGAUCUCACGCAAGGCUUCGAGAUUGCGAGAAGUCAUCCCAACACGGCAUUGCUAUCAUUUGUCCUGAUGUUCUCCACUUUCUUCCUGGCGGACUACUUCCGACGUCUGAAGACGUCGAAAUUUCUCUCCCGAGAGACGCGCGCCUUGAUGGGUGACUUCGCGAUGCCUAUAUCGAUCGUGACCAUGGUUCUCAUCGAUCACUUCAUACCGAAUGUUUAUACUCAGAAAUUAUCCGUGCCGGAUGGAUUGGCGACUACCACGCCAGGCCGAGGUUGGUUGGUGAAUCCUUGGGGUCACUAUAAGAACUUGGAGAUAUGGCAUAUGGGAAUGGCGUCCUUCGGGGGCGUUCUGGUCUUCAUCCUUAUAUUUUUGGAGGUUGAAAUCUGUCAGCUACUGCUCGCGAAAAAGGAACGAAAAACCGUGAAGGGCACGGGUUUCCAUUUAGAUCUCCUGCUCGUCUGCAUGAUGGAGCUGGGAAGUGCUAGUUUUGGUGGGCCUUGGCUGUGCGCUGCAACUAUUCGUUGCGUCAGUCAUCUCUGCGCACUGACAGUGACGAACGCGAGAGUUCCACCGGGAGAGAAACCCCAGGUCAAAGGAGUGCGGGAACAGAGAAUCACCGGGAUACUAGUUUCUAUCCUCUUGGGCUUGUCCGUGCUCAUGGGUCCGGCUCUGCGCCGGAUUCCCGUGGCUGUUCUCUUCGGAGUAUUCCUGUACAUGGGCUAUACGAGCAUGCUUGGUUUGCAGUUGUUCGACAGGUUGGUUCUCAUGUUCAAACCAACGAAGCAUUUUCCGCCUGUACCCUAUGCGCAGAAAGUUGGUGUAUGGAAAAUGCAUGGCUACACCGUGAUUCAGCUGCUGUGCCUGGGGACACUCUGGGCGGUGAAACAAAGUUCCUUUGCGUUGGCCUUUCCCUUCGGUUUGCUCAUGAUGAUACCGAUGCGGGUAGCGCUGAAGUUCAUUUUCUCCAAGAAAGAACUGCAACUGCUCGACUGCGAUGAUUGCGACCAUCUCUCCGAAGAGGACGAAUGA